AUGGAAAUUGACGGUCAUAGCAAUAAGAACGGAUCAACUACGAAACACAGGAGAAAGUCGUCUUUAGGAGACUUUAUGGAUCCGUUUUCGUCUCCUGAUGUCUACUAUGGGCCUAAGAGUGAUCCUUCUAAGCUUUUAAGCAAGAACAGGUACACCCGUACUAGAACGUUCAGUGUUGUUGACAACGAUUUGGGAAGUCUCAAGUCUAACGGGUCUACAUUUUUCGAUACACAGGUUCCACUACGGCGGAGAGGAUCAGAAGACGAUUCUUAUAGGGCUAGUACCGGUGAAAGACGGUUCUUCAUCGAAGAUGUUGAUAAAACUUUGAAGGAGUUGUUAGCCGGUGAGGAUACAGAUGGGAACUACCAGAUUACUAUUGAAGAUACCGGACCGAAGGUUAUCAAAGUUGGUACUGCUAACUCGAAUGGUUACAAACAUGUUCAUAUUAGAGGUACUUACAUGCUAUCGAAUCUUUUGCAAGAGUUGACUUUAGCUAAGCAUUUCGGAAGAAAACAAGUGAUUUUGGAUGAGGCACGGUUGAAUGAAAACCCGGUUAACAGAAUGACAAGACUGAUUAGUGGUCAGUUCUGGACUUCGUUGACCAGAAGAAUAGAUUCUAAUAACAUUUCACAGAUUGCUUACGAUACUAAAAUCGAUACUCCAAAGGCCAAAAACCCUAGAAUUUAUGUUCCACACGGAUGUGAUAAGCAAUACGAACAAUUGGUUCAAUGGUCCGAGAUGGAUCCAUCGCUAAGAUUAGAAGUCAAUUAUCUACCAAAGGAUAUCACUCCGGAAUUUGUCAAAUCAUUGAAUGAGGUGCCAGGUCUUUUGUCUUUAGCUAUGGAAUCUCACAUGGACCCAGUUACUGGUGAGGAAACUUUAGUCGGUUUCCCAUAUGCUGUUCCAGGUGGUCGUUUUAAUGAAUUGUACGGAUGGGAUUCAUAUUUCAUGGCUUUGGGCCUAAUAGAAAGUAACAAGUUGGAUGUUGCUAGAGGUAUGGUUGAACACUUCAUUUUUGAAAUUAAUCAUUACGGCAAGAUCUUGAAUGCUAAUAGAUCAUACUACCUUUGUAGAUCACAACCGCCAUUUUUGACUGAUAUGGCGUUACAAGUAUUCCAUAAAAUGGGUGGUGAUAAGAAUCCAACUGCAGUAGACAUGUUGAGAAGAGCAUUUAAAGCUGCUAUCAAAGAAUAUUCCACUGUAUGGACUGCAAAGCCUAGAUUGGAUGAAAAAACAGGUCUCUCUUGUUACCAUCCAGAUGGUAUAGGUAUCCCUCCAGAAACUGAACCUGGCCAUUUCGAUUCUAUCCUGAAGAAAUAUGCGGACAAAUAUAACGUUUCAAUCGAGGAGUUCACACGCCUAUACAAUGAUCAAAAAGUGAGUGAACCCGAACUUGACGUUUUCUUCUUGCACGAUCGUGGGGUCAGAGAAAGUGGGCAUGAUACGACAUAUAGAUUUGAAAAUGUUUGUGCCUAUCUUGCAACUAUUGAUUUGAAUGCACUAUUGUACAAGUAUGAAGUCGAUAUUGCGUAUGUGAUCAAAAAUUACUUCGAUGAUUGUUUAGAAAGUCUACCCGAUGGUCGCAAGACCUCCAGUGACUGGGAGACGUUGGCAGAAAUUAGAAAAGAAAGAGUCACCAAAUAUUUAUGGGAUGAAGAGACCGGAUUCUUCUAUGACUAUAACGUUAAAACAGAGCAGAGAACUGACUAUGAGUCAGUUACUACGUUCUGGGCUCUGUGGUCUGGUUUGGCAUCUAAAGAACAAGCUGUCAAAAUGGUUGAAUUGGCAUUACCAAAGCUUGAAGAACUUGGUGGACUUGUAGCAUGUACCGAGAAAUCCCGCGGUCCUUUAAGCGUUGAAAGGCCAGUCAGACAAUGGGAUUAUCCAUUUGGUUGGGCUCCUCACCAAAUUCUUGCUUGGGUAGGCCUAACAAACUAUGGAUACGAGCCACAUGCAAGAAGAUUAGCAUACAGAUGGCUAUUUUUAAUGACCAAAGCAUUCGUGGAUUACAACGGUAUUGUUGUUGAAAAAUAUGAUGUUACUAAGGGUACUGACCCCCACAGAGUCGACGCCGAAUAUGGCAAUCAAGGAGCAGAUUUCAAAGGUGUAGCAACAGAAGGAUUCGGUUGGGUUAACUCUAGUUAUCUGUUGGGAUUAAAAUACAUGAAUAGUUUUGCUAGAAGAGCACUAGGAACAUGCAUUCCACCUAAAGUUUUCUUCGGAAGACUAUCCGCUGAAGAAAAGAAGAAUUACGGCUUAUAA